AAACAUUGUUAAGUCUUGCCAGAUAUUUGGUAGGUUUUCAAUUUUAAGCAUAUGGUGGAACCAGUUCAUGUUCCAAUUAUAUGCAAUCAGCUGUUGACAACUCAUGCGUUUGCGAAAGAAACUUUUAAAUGCGGUUGCUUGGCACUUUGAAUAAAUUCUGUAAACUCUUGAAUAACCCCCUUGCCCGGGAUUUCCCCAAACGCAGCAUGGCCUGCAGCAGAUUUGAAUAUGUCAAGUCCUUCGAGCAGGACGACAGCAUAUUACCCAACGUUUGGAUAGUCAUUCGAAUAGAUGGCAAAAAGUUCCACAAGUUCUCCAAGGCGCAUGAUUUCGAAAAGCCAAACGAUGAGAAUGCUCUUAAUGUGAUGAAUGCUGCAGCCACGGCGGUGAUGCAGGAGUUCCGAGAUAUUGUGUUGGCUUACGGACAGAGUGACGAGUACUCCUUCGUUUUUCGCAAGGAAACGGCUGCCUUUAAAAGGCGAUCCGCGAAAUUGCUUACCUAUGUCACCAGUUUGUUUUCCACGAGCUAUGUGAUGCAGUGGUCCAAAUGGAUGAACCUGCCAUUAGCUUAUGCUCCAUGUUUUGACGGUCGAGUGGUCCUUUAUCCUUCGGAGCAGAAUCUAAAAGAUUAUCUCAGCUGGCGACAGGCCGAUGUGCAUGUCAACAAUCUGUACAACACCGCAUUUUGGAAACUGGUUUUGGAGAAAGGUCUGACGAAUCAGGAGGCGGAGGCAAAACUGCGUGGAACCUUUUCAGCGGACAAGAACGAGUUGCUUUUCCAGGAGUUUGGGAUUAACUACAAUAAUUUGCCUGCCAUGUACCGAAAAGGAACGAUUCUACUUAGAAAGCGAGUUAUCGUGGGUGAUAAAGGACGACAGGCAGUAGUCCCGCUGCACGAGGAUUUGAUAUCUUCGCAAUUCUGGAAACAACACACGGAGAUCUUGGGAAAAUAUGUGCCCGGCACUUACACUGCCCCAGACCCUCUGCCGAAAUUGGUGGAAAUGCAACUGAAUACCAGAAAAGAAGACGAGGAUGGAGAGGAGUCACAGAAUCUGGCGGAGAUUAGCUGAUAGUUGAAUCGAUAGCAAUAUACUUUAAGAUAAAAAUUA